UUAUAAGUUGAGACUUGAUCCAUCUUCCUUUCUUGUUUUCGAUGCUGGUGGAUUUGUUGAACUUCUGCAGCUUUGAGCAGCUUUGCAUCAACUACGCCAACGAGCAGCUGCAGCAGUUUUUCGUCAGGCACGUUUUCAAGCUGGAGCAGGAUGAAUACGCCCGUGAAAACAUUGUUUGGCAGCACAUUGACUACAAAGACAACCAAGGCACCCUGGACGUACUGGCCAACAAACCCAUGAACAUGCUGGCUCUUAUUGACGAGGAGAGCAACUUCCCCAAGGGCACAGACACCACCAUGCUCCAAAAAAUGAAUCAGGUCCAUGGAAAAGGGGAAAUCUACAUCCCCCCCAAGAACAACUAUGAGACACAGUUUGGGAUCAAGCAUUUUGCUGGAGUGGUCUACUAUGAUUCAAACGGUUUCCUCGAGAAAAACCGUGACUCCCUCAGCUCAGACCUGAUCCAGCUGGUGGAAACCUCGACCAACAAACUCCUCAAGCUGGUGUUUCACAAGGAGCUGCAGUCCGGUACGAUCAAGAGCAGCGCCAACCCCAAGAUGGUCAUCAUCACGCCGAAGAGCAGCGUCCGGCAAGCAUCUGACAGCAAGAAGCAUGUGGCGACUCUGACGGGCCAGUUCCGCCAGUCUCUGGAUUCCCUGAUGAAAACGCUGACCGUGUGCCAACCCUAUUUCAUCCGCUGCAUUAAACCCAACGACUUCAAGAAGCCCAUGCUGUUCGACAGAGAGCUGUGCAUCCGUCAGCUCCGCUACUCGGGGAUGAUGGAGACCAUCAGGAUCCGGAAAGCCGGGUAUCCUGUGCGCUACACCUUCAGCGAGUUUCUAGACCGCUACCGCGUCCUUCUGAAAACGUCCAUCUGUGAUCCCAAAACGGAAAGUAAAGAGAAAUGCUGCGAGAGCAUCUGUGAAAACGUGCUCGCUGGAGAGGGCGACUGGAAGACCGGCAAGACCAAGAUAUUCCUGAAGGACAUCCAUGACACAAUGCUUGAACUGGAGCGAAUGAAAGAACUCAACAUGAAAGCACUUUUGAUCCAGAAAGUCCUGAGAGGCCACAAAUACAGGAGAGAGUUCCUGAGGAAAAAGGCCGCCGCUCUCGUCAUUCAGAAAUACUGGAGAGGACACAAGGGCAGAAAACUGUACAAAGUGGUUCAGCUGGGCUUUGCCAGGCUGCAGGCGCAGGUUCGCUCUCGCCAGCUCCACUUCCUGUACAAGAAAAAGCGGGAGGCGGCUCUCGUGCUGCAGACCCGAGCCAGAGGAUACCUGGUCAGGAAGGAGUGGAAGCGCAAGAGAGAUGCUGUGAUCCUCCUGCAGGCGCACACCAGAGGAGCGCUGGCAAGGAAAGCUCUCAAAAAAAUGAAAAGAGAUAUGUACCUCUCUGCUAAAGAGAAAGAGGCGGAGCAGCAGUCCAUCUUGGAGAGGCAGAAACGCUUGGAGGAAGUGCUGCGGCAGAAGAAAGAGAUGGAGACCAAAGCUCAGUCAGAAUCCGUCACGGACCAGGAGAUGGUGGAUAGCAUCUUUGGCUUCCUGCCCACUAUCAUCGGAGGGCAGGAGGGGCGAGCGCCUGUAGGAUUUGAGAACUUGGAAGGGAAAAAGAUGAUAACCGAGGAGAUAGACAUCGACGACGUCCCCAUGGAGGAAGAUCUUCCCGAAGAAGACUACGACGACCUGGAUGAGUACUCCUUCUCCAAGUUCGCCUCCAUGUACUUCCAGGGUGCAGCCACCCACACCCACAUCCGCCAAAGGCUCCGGCAGCCCUUACUCUACCACGAGGACGAGGGAGAUGUUCUGGCUUCGCUCACAGUGUGGUGGAUCAUUCUCAGGUUCAUGGGAGACCUUCCUGAGCCAAAGAAGCAGGUGAAGGUCCAGGGAACCUCCACACAGGAGCGCAUUCUGCCGCAGGACCUGCUCUCCAGAAAGGACAGGCGUCUCAGCCACAUGGUGGGCCUGGACCAGAGAGUGCUGAGGAAUAAAAAGGACACAAAGCCUUCCACAGUCCCGGAGGAGCCGACACAGAACAGAAAGAGCUCCAUUUUCACAGACCUGCUGACGAGGAACAGGAAGGCCUCCACCGCGCCCGGCGAGACCGCUCCAAACCCGAAGGUGUACACUGUACCAGAGGGAAGUGCACGAGCGAGGAAGGGAUCCACUUUCACUGACCUGCUGUCCAGAAACAGAAAAGCAUCCACCGUUCAAGAAAGCGCUCCCCCGAGAUCUACUCCCAGUUACAGGAAACCCUCCAUCAUCAUGGAGGAGUCAGAGGAGCAGACUGAAGUGUCCAAGCCUCCCGCCCUGCCGCCUGUGCAGGAGGACAGCGACCCGAUGGUUGGAGAAGGACCCACUCUGGACCGGCCGCUGACCUCUCUGGAAAAACUCCACAUCAUUGUGGGAUAUGCUAUCGUCAGACACGACCUCAGGGACGAGAUUUACAGUCAGAUCUGCAAACAGCUUCAGGAUAACAACAAUCGCAACAGCUAUUUCCGUGGUUGGAUCCUGUUGUCCCUCUGCCUGGGCGUUUUCCCGCCGAGCGAGCGCUUCAUAAGGUAUCUGCAGAGUUUCAUCCGCUCCGCUCCGGCGGGCUACGCCUCCUACUGCGCUGAGAGGCUGCGGCGCACAGUGAUGAAUGGAGUGAGAGGGGAGCCUCCGGCCUGGCUGGAGCUGCAGGCAACCAAGACGAAAAAGCCCAUGAUUGUGUCCGUGAUACUGAUGGACGGGCGUUCAAUAAACCUGCCGGUUGACUCCGCAUCGACCUCCAAAGAGAUCUGCCAAAUCCUCUCCAGCAAAGUCCAACUCAAGGACACCUUCGGCUUUUCCCUCUACGUGGCUCUGUAUGAGAAGGUGUGGGCUCUGGGCGGCGGCCGGGACCACGUGAUGGAUGCAAUCUCCCAGUGUGAGCAGGAAGUGAAGAGGAGGGGGGGGCAGGAGCAGCACGCUCCCUGGCGUCUCUUCUUCCGUAAGGAGGUGUUCACCCCCUGGCACGACUGUGAUGAGGACAAGAUCAGCACCGACCUCAUCUACAGGCAGAUCGUCCACGGCCUGAAGUUUGGAGAGUACCAGAGUGAAAAGGAGGAGGAUCUUGUUCAGCUCGCUGCAAAACAUCUGUACGUCCAGCACGGCUCGGACAGCGGCCCAGAAAACGUGAAACAAGCCGUUCAGGACUGCAUCAACAGCUCUCUGCUGGAGGCCAAGUCGGAGGCCAAGUGGGUGCAAAUGGUCAGCACUGCUCACGCUGAGGGUCCAUAUCUGAGUUCAAGGCAGAAGACGGAUUCAGUGAAGGCGGAGGUGGUCGACUACGCCCGGAAGAAGUGGCCCAUGUUCUUCUCCAGGUUCUUUGAAGUGGUCAAGCUGUCAGGUCCUCCGCUGCCAAAGAGCAAGUUCAUUGUGGCCAUAAACUGGACUGGUAUCACCUUCCUGGAUGAAAGAGAGAAGAGGCUGCUGGAGCUCUCCUUCCCCGAAGUGACAGGAGUCAACACUGUGAGGGAGGGAAAAGCGUCGGGCCAGACGGUGUGUCUGCUGACGCUGAAAGGAGACUUCACUCUGAGCGGAUCUGCAGCUGACGACAUGGCCGAGCUGGUCACCAUGUUCCUCAGUGGACUGACGGAGCGAUCCGAGUACGCCGUGGCCCUGAAGGAGGUCGACAGACAAGAUGACCCCACGUUCCUCAGCUUCAAGAAAGGAGAGCUCAUUCUAAUCAUCAAAGACGAUGAGUUUUCUCAGCAGGGUGGCUGGAUAAAGGGCCAGAUUGAGGGCACAAAACAAACAGGAGCCAUCCCCACUGACUCCAUCUUGAUCCUACCAACGCUCAGCAAACCCACCUACGAGGUCAUGAGCCUCCUCAGCCUGCCUCCUAACCAGAGGAAGACCAUCAUACAGGCAAACCAGAAAGAAACGGGGACAGUGGAGAGACAGGCUCCUGCCACGUUGAAGGAAUUCUCCCUGGAGUACUUCAGGCAGCCCACUAAGGACGUUAACCGUCAGGUGAUUUCCAGGAAUGCUGCUCCUGAGAGGCUGUGGGCAAACUCCAGAGAGCCAAUCAGACAGCCCCUCCUCAAGAAACUGGUGGGCAACCCCGAGCUGAGCCACAAAGCAUGUCUGGCUUUCACUGCCAUCCUGAAAUAUAUGGGAGAUUACCCCACCAAGCAGAUGCAGAGUCCCCUGGAGCUCACCGACCAGAUCUUCGGCCCCGCCACGCAGAAUGAGGCGCUUAGGGACGAGAUCUAUUGUCAGAUAAUAAAGCAGAUGAGCAGCAACAACAACCGGUUCAGCAUGGAGCAGGGCUGGCAGCUGCUGUGGCUCUGCUGCGGCCUCUUUCCCCCCAGCCAGUCUCUUCUGAGACACGCUCAGCGCUUUCUGGAGUCCCGCCGCAGAGAGCCGCUGGCCCACGACUGCCUGCAGCGGCUGCAGAGCUCUCUGAGGAUGGAGCCCAGGAAGCUGCCGCCACACCAGGUGGAGCUAGACGCCAUCCAACAGAACAGCAUCCAGAUCUUCCACAAAAUCCACUUCCCCAACGACACAGGGGAGAUAUUCGAGGUUUCCACCAGCACCAGGAUCAGGGAUCUCAUCCAGAACAUCAGCAACAAGCUCGGCCUGGCCUCGGCGGACGGCUUCAAUAUUUUUGUCAAAACACACGACAAGGUCCUCAGUUUGAACGACGCAGAUUACUUCUUUGACAGUCUGAGACAAAUCACUGACUGGUCCAAGAAAUCCAAGAGGAUUAAAGACGGUGGGCCAGUCAACAUAUCCUACCUUGUGUUCUUCAUGAGGAAGUUGUGGUUCAAUGUGAUCCCUGGCAGAGACACAGAGGCAGAUCUUAUCUUCCAUUUCCCUCAGGAGCUGCCUAAAUACCUGAGAGGCUACCAUGUCAGCACCAGAGACGAGAUGGUCAACAUCGCGGCGUUGCUCUUCAGGAUAAAGGUCAGCAAUGACAAGACCCAGCUGGUCAUGAUUCCCAAGAUGCUGAGGGAGCUUGUGCCGGCCGACCAACUGAAGGCCACGUCUGAGAACGAGUGGAAGAAGAGCAUCGCUGGUUAUUAUAACAAACAAGCCGGGAUGACUGUCGACGAAGCCAAGGUGGCAUUUCUGAAGGCGGUGUGUCGCUGGCCGACCUUCGGCUGUGCGUUCUUCGAGGUGAAGCAAACAUCAGAACCAAAUUUCCCAGAUAUCGUGCGAAUCGCCAUCAGCAAGCAAGGACUCACAAUCAUCCACCCUAAAACCAAGGAUGUUUUGGCAAAUCACCCAUUCAACCGCAUCGCUAACUGGUGCAGUGGAAGCACCUACUUCCACAUGACUAUCGGCAGUUUGGUCAAAGGAAGCAAGUUCCUGUGCGAGACCUCGCUGGGUUACAAGAUGGACGAUCUUAUAACCUCCUACGUCAACAUGUACCUCAGAGAGAGGAGGGCGGGGCAAACCAGGAACCAGCGCUUCAAUAUUUGAGCCAAUGAGUGUGACGCCAAACCCCCGUAACUGCAGAUGUUAAACCGCCACACUCCAUAUUUGGUUCAUACGUAAAGAGGCAGAGCGCAAAUAGUGCAAUCAGCUUUAUUUGUGCUGCGUGAGGAGGAAAAGACGUUGAUUUAUUAUGUGAAACAAACACAUUUUUAUUUAAAACUAUUUCUGUAGCAUGUGUACAAGUAACGUAAUCUGAAGGGAAGAGGUGUUGUCGAAGACGGAUGAAUUAGAAAACAAUUAAGCUUCUUCUAUCUCCUGUCCAGAAACAAAUAUAAUAAUAUUAUAUAUAAAAAUGAGUUGAAUAAAGGUAAAAAAACUAAUUGUAUUCUCUGUGUAUUUUUCCAACUUUAAAUUCUGGUAAUCUAAUAAAAUAUGGCUUUGAAAUGUUGCCGUGUUGCAUUUAGGUGCAGGUCGAAAACUCCAAUGUCUGUUUCUUUUUCAACUCAUUCAUAUAGAAAUUGUAAAGUUUAUCAUCCAAAUCUGAACACUUUCAUAUGUUUUAGGUGUUUAUGUGCACACGAAGCAAAGUUUUACAUCUUUCUAAUUUGGAGGUAUUUGUUUUUUGGGUAAAAAGAAUAAACAUAACUUAUUCACAAACCACUUUAUACAUUUGUAAAUUUUGUUUACAAAUUAUUUCCUCUCCAAAUUAAUGUGCCUGCCUUUAAAAAGUUCUGUUUAUAUUCUCACUGAAAAAGGACUGUGUGUUGCUUGGUUUCAAUUCUCAUGGUUCAACAGCUGAAACGCAAUUUUGUGUUGUUGUUGAAUCCUGAUGUGUCUACACUCGUGUUCGCUUGCCGGCAGUCUGAGCGUGAAACCCGAGGGCCAGGUUGUGAAUUGUGUGGCCUCGUGGUUUGCAGAUGGUUUAAUCCUGCUGCACGUUCAUGGCACAAACAAAACUUGGACUCGCCAGUUAAAACAUUUGCUCCACAGUGCGAAUAGUGGCGGUAAAACUCCUCAGGGUGCCUUUAAAAUAAGCCUUAAUCCUAAGUGCUUCAAAUGUUUUUGCAUUUGCAUAUGAAAAUAUUCAAUGAGACAUUUAUUGUUGUUUUUCAAAUAAAAGAUUCUCCCAGUUGAUGA